AUGUCAGCCGAAGAAACAAAACCAAAGACCGAAGAAGCCGUCAAGCCACCAACCUCCCAAGUUUUCUCUAUGUUUGGUGGUAAGAAGGAAAAGAAAGAAGAAGCGGAAUCCAAACCAGAAGAUCAAACUGAAAGUAAAGAAGAAAAGAAAGAAGACGCCAAAAAGGAUGAAGAUGCAGCCGAUGAAGAAGAAGCAGAUGUUCAUUUCGAACCUUUAGUUCAAUUAGAAAAAGUUGAUGUCAAAACCAAUGAAGAAAAUGAAGAUGUUACUUAUAAAGUUCGUGCUAAAUUAUUUAGAUUCCACGCCGAUACUAAAGAAUGGAAAGAAAGAGGUACUGGUGAUGUUAAAUUCUUAAAACAUAAGGAAUCUGGUAAAACCAGAAUCUUAAUGAGAAGAGAUAAAACUUUAAAAAUCUGUGCUAACCAUUUAAUCUCCCCAGACUACGAAUUAAAACCAAAUAUCGGUUCUGAUAGAUCCUGGGUUUACACCGUUACUGCUGAUGUUUCUGAAGGUGAAGCAGAAGCCCAAACCCUUGCCAUCAGAUUUGGUUCCAAAGAAAAUGCCGACAAAUUCAAAGAAGCCUUCGACAGUGCUAAAGAAUCUAAAUAG